GAUAUCAGGCGUAAUCUGCGAGUGCGCGCAUCAGUGCGCGAGCACAGCUCUCAGCACCAAGGACAGCGGUCUCUCACAGAGCAUCAGGUCACCCUUGACAAAACCUUGACUACGCUUCACUCAAGAGCGGGAGAAGUGAAUGCAGAUGACUACAGCGUUACUGCAAUACUGAUUAUUCCACCUUCUCCAGAGAGAGAGAGAGAGUGCAUAUGUGAGGCGACUAUCAACAGGAGCGAGCAUCAUUUCCCACAAAGGCGUGUUGAUGUGGUUCUUGAUUAUGAACGGGUUUCAAGAGCGGACUCAAUGAGUGAAGCUCAUUCCUCUGCGGAGUAGACUGAGGUGAUCGCAUUCCAGUGCUGCUGGAGAGGACGCAGUGACAGCGGAUCUGUCUAAUCAAAGCACAUCGACACGCAUCCUCCACGGGGCACUCAGCUUGACUCCUCUGCCAUCCAGGGCAAAAUGCGUCUGGUUCUGUUCGCUUUCCUCAUCUCGUGCUCCUGUGCGAGAGGCGGAUGCGAACCCAAGACUGUGAAUAUUGGGGCUGUCCUGAGCCAGAAGAGAUAUGAACAAGUGUUCAAAGACGCUGUCACCCAAGCCAACAACAUAUACGGCAAAGACAAGUUCAAGAUGAAUGCCAUUUCAGUCACCCAUAAGCCAAACGCCAUCCAGAUGGCACUCUCCGUGUGUGAGGAUCUCAUCUCUAACCAGGUGUAUGCGAUCUUGGUGAGCCACCCACCCCAGUCCAACGACCAUCUGACUCCCACUCCAGUGUCCUACACAGCUGGUUUUUACCGUAUCCCUGUAGUGGGCCUCACCACUCGCAUGUCCAUCUACUCCGAUAAGAGCAUCCACCUCUCCUUCCUGCGCACGGUGCCACCCUAUUCCCACCAAGCCCAAGUGUGGUUUGACAUGAUGCGUGAGUUCCAGUGGAAUCACAUCAUCCUGAUUGUGAGUGAUGACCACGAGGGCAGAGCAGCACAAAAAAGACUAGAAACCCUGCUGGAGGAGAGGGAGACGAAGGCAGAGAAAGUGCUCCUGUUCAGCCAAGACACAAAUCUGACGGCUCUGCUCCAGGAAGCCAAAGAGCUAGAGGCCCGAGUUAUCAUCCUGUCUGCAAGUGAAGACGAAGCUGCAGCCAUUUACAAAGCGGCACGCCAGCUCAAUAUGACAGGCUCUGGUUAUGUAUGGCUGGUUGGAGAAAGGGAGAUGUCUGGUAAAGCACUGAGUGAAGCCCCAGAUGGCUUGCUCGGCCUUCAGCUUAUCAAUGGCAAGAACGAGUCUGCGCACAUCUACGAUGCCGUGGCUGUGGUGGCCCAGUCCAUUCAGGAGCUCUUUGAGAAGGAGAAUAUCACAGAGCCUCCUCGAGGCUGUGUUGGCAAUACAAACAUCUGGAAGACUGGCCCACUCUUCAAACGAGUGCUGAUGUCAUCCAAGUAUCCAGAUGGCCUGACAGGCCGCGUGGAGUUUAAUGAUGACGGAGACAGGAGGUUCGCCCACUACAGCAUUCUGAAUUACCAGAAAACCCGGCUUGUGCAAGUGGGCGUCUACAAUGGCUCACAAGUUGUAAUGAACACUCAGAGGAAGAUUAUUUGGCCAGGAGGAGAGACUGAAAAGCCAAAAGGCUAUCAAAUGUCAACACGAUUGAAGAUUGUCACCAUUCACCAAGAGCCCUUUGUCUAUGUGAAACCAACACUACGAGAUGGAACAUGUAAGGAAGAGUACACUGUAAAUGGAGUCCUGAUCAAAAAAGUGAUCUGCACUGGCCCUAAUGAGACCAUUCCAGGUCGCCCCACAGUGCCUCAGUGUUGCUAUGGGUUCUGCAUUGACCUUUUAAUCAAGCUUGCAAUGACAAUGAACUUCACCUAUGAAGUGCAUCUAGUCGCCGAUGGCAAAUUUGGCACUCAGGAGCGUGUAAAUAACAGCAACAAGAAGGAGUGGAAUGGCAUGAUGGGAGAGCUCCUGAGUGGUUUGGCAGACAUGAUUGUGGCUCCACUUACAAUCAACAAUGAACGAGCCCAGUAUAUAGAGUUCUCAAAACCGUUCAAGUACCAGGGGCUCACAAUACUUGUCAAAAAGGAAAUACCACGCAGUACACUGGACUCGUUCAUGCAGCCUUUUCAGAGCACCCUGUGGUUACUGGUGGGUCUAUCGGUCCAUGUUGUGGCGGUGAUGCUCUACCUAUUAGACCGUUUCAGCCCGUUUGGAAGAUUUAAAGUAAAUAGUGAAGAGGAAGAAGAAGACGCCCUCACCUUAUCCUCUGCUAUGUGGUUCUCCUGGGGUGUACUUCUGAACUCCGGCAUUGGAGAAGGUGCCCCUCGGAGCUUUUCAGCAAGGAUUUUAGGUAUGGUGUGGGCUGGUUUUGCUAUGAUUAUAGUUGCAUCUUAUACUGCCAAUUUGGCAGCCUUCCUAGUGCUGGAUCGGCCUGAGGAGCGCAUUACCGGCAUCAACGACCCUAGGCUGCGAAACCCAUCAGACAAGUUCAUCUACGCCACAGUGAAGCAGAGCUCUGUGGACAUUUACUUCCGACGCCAAGUUGAGCUAAGCACCAUGUACCGCCACAUGGAAAAGCACAACUACGAGAGCGCUGCUGAAGCCAUCCAGGCCGUGCGAGACAACAAACUCCACGCGUUUAUAUGGGAUUCAGCAGUGUUGGAGUUUGAGGCCUCGCAGAAAUGUGACCUGGUCACCACAGGCGAGCUAUUUUUCCGCUCUGGAUUUGGUAUCGGGAUGCGUAAAGACAGCCCAUGGAAGCAAAAUGUCUCACUGGCCAUCCUCAGUUCCCAUGAGAAUGGCUUCAUGGAGGACUUGGAUAAAACCUGGGUCCGUUAUCAGGAGUGUGACUCCAGAAGCAAUGCACCAGCCACACUCACAUUUGAGAAUAUGGCAGGCGUGUUUAUGUUGGUGGCUGGUGGUAUCGUUGCUGGGAUCUUCCUCAUCUUCAUUGAGAUUGCAUACAAACGACACAAGGAUGCGCGCAGGAAGCAGAUGCAGCUGGCUUUUGCAGCAGUUAACGUCUGGAGGAAGAACUUACAGGAUAGGAAAAGUGGUAUAGCAGAACCCGACCCCAAAAAGAAAGCCUCUUUUAGGUCCAUCAGUACCAACCUGGCCUCCAACAUCAAGAGACGUAGGUCGUCCAAAGACACGGUAAGAAGAUUAAGAAAACGACGCCCUGCCUGUAAUACUAUCUUCUCGCUCUUUUUCUUCCUCCUCCACCUCGGCCUGCACUGUUUCUUUCACUUUCUUCCUUUCUCCUGUCAUCUCAUCGCUCCUCUCCAAAGCAACCGUCUCAUCUCAGACUUUCUUCACCCUCACACAUGGAGUUACAGUCAUGGCCACAUGUCUGUCAGUCAGCCAUCUAUGCUCCAUCCAGACAUCUUUUGGGAAAGCCCAAACGGGGCUCUAGCUGCCAGGGAAAGUGUGGAGAGGGAACCGAGGAGCAGAUUUUGGGGGUGCUUGAGGGUUUGCCCUUGCAGGAGGGGGUGAGGUAGCUUCUCCUUCUUAGCGCCUGUGCUGGUCUUUCUCCUGCACCUAACCUGGAUGUGACUUUACUUUAUGCACUUUUCCUUUUAUCCUUUCUUUAUUUGUACUCGUGUGUCUCUCCACUCACCACUCAGUCCUGUAACAAUUAUUUCCAUGUACCUCAUCCUCCUUUUAUUUUCCAUUUUUUCGCUGUCACAUAUUCACCCUGUAUGCCUCCUGCGAUGUACAGUACGGUAUCGCCACUAACAACCAAAUACGAGUGACGCUAAAAUAACCUGGGCUGUUUCCCCGGCAGGCCUGCACUACCAAGAUCCCUGCAUUUAUUUUUAACCAUCCUAUGUUUUCUUUGCAGUUCUAUGAAUAAUAAUAAUAAAAAAAAGAAUAAUACUUUUCAUUUUCAGGAAACGCUGCUCAGAUGGGUUUUGGGUUUACGUUUACAAUGCAUUGAACUCUCAGAGCUAGAUUCCCAAAUGAGUUCAUUCACACAAACGCCUCCAAACUGUGUUUCUUCAGUCCCACAGGUUUAAUAAGAUGUAGCUCUCAAACCGUCUCUGAGGAUUCGAUACAAACAAAUGUGCAAGCACGAACACAGACUAUUUCAUUGCAUUACUUUAAUUGGUUCGGAGUGAAUUCUUAUUCAAUUACUUGCUAGGCAUUUUCUGGGUAUGAUUGACCUAGGGCUUUGUUUCAUACCCCCUCAACUUGAAAAAUGACUCUGAUCGGCAGCUCAUUUGGUUUACAAAGAAAUAUCCAUGUAGCUCACAUUUCAGUUGGGUUCUCCUUUGGUGAGUUUAAAUAAUUUACAGUGCUGUGGGUGCAAAAUGUGUUAUUAAAACCUGAUAUGAUUUUUAAAAUACAUUUUCCAGAGAUGAAAACAGAACAGGAGCAGAUUAAAGAUACAAAGUCUACUAGCUAAACCGUGCCAAAAUGUAUUUUUGAAUUGAUGUUUACCCAUCACAGUCCUGAUCAUCUUUUCUUUUCUAUCAGUGUUUUUUAUAAAUGGAUUUGAAUGGCGUUUUGAAUGUCGGUGUCCACACCACAUGCCACACUGCCUCUCUCUUCCUCUACAAGCAUGACCCUUCUGGUUGUUGUAGAAUAGAGCUCUAAAGCUGUUCCCCUGUUUGUAGACAAGGGGCGCUGUGAUUAUGACUCAGGACUAACUUGGAACACCAUAAAUAACGUUGUUAUGAGUGUGAGGGUAUCACAACACCCACUAAAGCCACUGCUUUCAAUAUAUAUUAUUAAAACUAUAGCCCGUACCUGUGAAUGUGAUUUUAGAUAGUUGUAGUGAAUUAAAGGGACAGUUCAUCAAAAAAAUCUUAUAAUUAACUCAGCCUCAGUAAAUUUUGCUUGACAUAACCUUUAUUAAUGUAUUUCUUCUUCCAAACACACGCUUAUAUAUUUUGAACCAUACUUUGAAUGCAAGCUAGGUCCAAAACAACACCCAAGUGACUUUCAUUGCAUGAAAAAAAAAAAAAAAAAAAAAAAAAAACACUGGUAGAUUCUUCAAAAUGUCUUCUUUCGUGCUCCACAGAGGUUCACAGUUGGAAUGACAAUAUGGAUGAGUGUAAUAUUUCCUAUGUGGAGAUUAUCACAAUAAAUAAACCUUUCAGUAUAAUAAUAGUAUAGAAUCACUGAGAAAUUGAGAGCUAUUGAGGGUGAAACCUGUGUCGAACUAGAAUGACCUGCACCUUGUGACUGACUGUCAUAUUUCAUUAGGACAGUUACUAUGGCGACAAUACUUCUAGGUCAGGUAAAUUAUUAGCCAUGGGCCGGGAGAUAGAGCACUCUCGUUUGUGCCAUUACAGGUUUCUUGUGCAGACAUUUUUGCAUGUGAUAUAUCGUACCUGUUUAAGGAAGCGUAUUCGUUUAGGACUGGAAGCGUGAGCAAUGAUCCUUUAAGGGAGCAAUUGUGCAGUAAUGAAUCCGUGACCUUGUUCACUCUAUUUAUCUGCGACAGUCCAAGGAGGCCUGUCUGUUUAUUCUAGAUGACAGAUAAACAUGGCUUGCAGUGGGUGGAGAGACUGCCUCCAUCAUAACAACGUGAACUAAAUACCGGUCACGGGAGGCACAGUGCAUAUUUAGGAUUAUGCAAAUAUACAUGCUCUUACUCUUCCCUUUUUCUGUUUCCUCCUCAUCUAUAGCCAUAUCCUACGGACAUUACCGGCCAGCUCAACCUGUCAGACCCCUCUGUGAGCACAGUGGUGUGAAAGUGGAGAGAGAAAGAGAAUUUGAAUGCAGAAAGAAAGAUAGAGAGACUGGAAAAGCAGGAUGGUGGGCUCUGAAACAGACAUCUUCAGCACCGUCAUUUGAGCAAAAUCCACCCCGUCUCAGCAUAUGCACGCUGGAUAUAAAACUUUCAUGGACACACUGUGCCAGAUUCAACCACACUGGAACAAAUUCACACUGCCACACAUUUCACACUAGACCAACGCAGACACACACACACAAAGUGCUUCACUUUUUACAGUUUUUUGCACAUAUCUAAAACGCUUUUUUUUUUUUUUUUUUUUGUGAAAUAUGUAAAUAUAUAUUCAGGCUUGUGUUUCUCCACAUUAGGUCAUCAUUCAGUUUUACUGAAUUAGUUUUUCAAUUUUAUGAAAUGGAUAUAAUUAUGUUUCAUACAGUACUCAUGUAACAUAUGUCUUUCUACCUCCACCUAAGAUACAUGUAGCUCAUCUCAACACUUUGGUAGUGUUUUGGUGUUUUUCUCAAUUGAAAAGAGCAAACACAGACCAUAACUUUAACUUCUUUGUAUUUAGUUUCGAAAAAGUAGAUUAGGGUAGAAAUUGUGUUGCUAUAAAUAUUACAGUAGGUGAAAGUUUGGCACAUUUUGAUCAUUGUUGCACUUUGCUGUACACUUUGUUUCUUAAUAUGCGAUUCUCUCCCUUCACUGCCAUUUUCAAAACACGCUACUGAAGUGGUCCAGGUUGCUUUGGGCAUAUACUUUGGAUCUCUUCUCGCUACUUUGUUUACUAAUUUAUGUUUUUAAUCUUUUGUACGAUAAAUAAUUCCUUUUUGGAUGAGAAUAUCGGCAUAUAAUAUGGGGUCUAUCCAGACAGGGGCUAAAUGUAGCAGGUCUGACCUUGUUUAUCAUAAAAGUUUAAAGACAAACCUUCAAACGAAUGAAAGGAACCCGUUUAUGAUCAAGAGUGGCGUAGAUGUAAUGAAGCAGAUAUUAUUACAGGAUCUUUUGAGCUUAAUUUUGAACCUUGCUUGAAAUUCUCUGUAAUAAUUUCUGUAUCAUUGUGUGAGCUGGUAGCUGGCAUCUGUUUGCUACCACACUGGGGACCUUUCCUCGUUUAUAUGUAUUUCAUGUCAUUAUAAUAUAUGAGCAGUAUUUAUAUUAUGUAAUAAUAACACUAGAUGCUAUUUCCAUUGUUUGUCGUCAAGCUUUUGCUCUGUGGACUAGUUAAAUGGUUACCAGCAAAAGUGGUAAUUUAUUAUACAAGUCAGUUGUCUUUUUCUGUUGGCUUUUAAAAGCAUACUGACCAAUAAUAGACAUAUUAGAUCAUUGUAUAUUGAUAUAGAUUACUGUACAUCGUUUGUCUCAAUCAGUCUGAGGGCUUGCUAACUAUUGUGAAAAGUUUAGAAUGUGAACUCUGCGGACUGUAGCUGUAACAGUAAGUUAUGGAGCUAUUUUAUAAGAUGAACACAUUAAUAUGAGGACGAUAUAUGUUUUAGAUUAAAACUGAGAGUUUUUAAUAGAAAAAUAUUAGAUUCAUAGUUCAGGGUUUGGUUGCCUUUCCUUGAAAAUGUUAUGUUGGGUUGGGUUCAGAAAAGUGUCUGAAGUCCAGUUUUACUGUGAACAUGACUGUGAACUGCUUGUGAAUUUCGUUAUGAAGCGUGUGACACAUUAAGCAGAUACACAUAUUCUCUAGAUUCAUAAUUAUCAACACAUAGAAAACAAUAUGCUUCCAUAUGCAACCGCUGUGUCCAUUAAGCUAAUAUUUGAUCACAUAAUUGGAAUCAAUGUGGUGAAAACUCACAACGGUGGCAGGAAUAAAUUAAAUUGUGCAGCUUGAAGUACUUGUGAGGCUCAAGAGGAAGCACAUCUUUGACAAACAAAGCAAUGUAACCUGUCCCAUUCACUGUUUUAUGCAAACAAGCAUUUGUUUUAAAGCUUUAAGAUAUUGCAAUCUGUUUUCACAAUACUUCUCGACCACCAAAUGUGCUUUUGAUGACUAUUCCAAUACUGUUUGUGUAAAAAAAAAAAUUGUAUGUUUAAAAAUGUAUAACUGCUACACUCCAGUGUGCCAAUAAAGAAGUAUCAAAUAAAAAUGAAAACAAACCUGGAUUGAAUAA